UGAGUGUGUGCAUGCGUGCGUGUGUGUGAGUGUGUGUGUGUGUCCGUGCACUCAGAGCCCUGGGUGCAUGUGUGCCUCUGUUUCCACAUGGCGUGUUACUACAUCGUCAUCAGCUCCACACACCUCAGUAAUGGACACCUGCGCAACAUCAAAGGAGUUUUCAGAGGACCCCUGUGCAGGAGCAGCAGUAAGAUCCUGGAGAAGGAGAAAACCUUGGCCAAAGCUCUGGAGGACCUGAGAGCCAACUUCUACUGUCAGCUGUGUGACAAGCAGUACUACAAACAUCAGGAGUUCGACAACCACAUCAACUCAUACGACCACGCUCACAAGCAGCGACUCAAGGAGCUAAAACAGAGGGAGUUUGCCCGUAACGUGUCCUCCAGGUCCAGGAAGGAUGUGCGUAGGGAGGAGAGAGCACUUCUACGGCUGCACCAGCUGGCCGAACAGCGCAGAGAGGCCCAGUGUGCCCCCGGGAGCGGCCCCAUGUUCAAAUCCACCACAGUGGCAGUGGAGAGUAGCUACAGGGAGUCCUGCCAUACAGACCCUCAGGAGGAGGUGCUGGGGGCCAUCAGGGAGGAGACCCAGACUCCUGUGGGCAGCAGGCAGAACCCAUGGCUGCACGGGGGGAAGGCCAAGAAGCAGACUCUCAGACGCAAAAUAGCCUUCUCCUUCUCCUUCCCCAAGAAGGCCUCCGUGAAGCUGGAGUCCUCCGCUGCCGUCUUCAGUGAGAGCACAGAGGAGGGGUCAUCGGACGGGGCCGAGAGGAUCCGGACACCCCUCCUCGAGCUCGAGCCAAACGUCGAAGACAAGCGUCUGGACGGAGACGAGGCCUGUCCCUGCGCAGGCGCUCAAUCCCCACAUCCCAGCGAGACGUGGAGUCAGGGUUCCCCGGAGACGUCUACGGGGAGGGCCGAGCUCCUGCACGCCUCCCCUGACCUGUGCGCUGUCCUUGUCUACUCAGAGGACACGUCUGUCUCCCCUCGCUCUCCCCGAGGACAUCGCAUUGUCCUGAACCUGGAAAACGCUGUGGAAACCACCAGGGAACCCACCGUGGAAACUGCUCUAGAAACCAGCACAUCUGAGCAGAUGGUCACCAUCAGUCAGAAGGGCGCUGAAGAGAGGGACCUGUGCAUGAAGGAUCUAAAGAACUCCGAUGUGUCAUCUGGGAAUGGUUCCUUCGGAGGCACUGGGAAGGAGGACAGCUCCCGUGCCGGAGCGCCGUCCCCGUUCGCCAAACCCCUGCAGCCGUUCGUCUCCGUCUUGGGCAGGGACAGUAAGACCGUCUUUCAGUGGCCAUCCGAGAUGGUGUCCUACACCUCCACAGAGCCGCGUUUGUGCUUCAGCUGCAACCCCUUGCACUUUGACUUCCGAGGGUCACAGAUCAGACGCGGCCCCCACACUCAGGGCAGCAAGACUGGCGAGGAACCACCCAAGCCCAGCACGCUGGAGGCCCCACCCUGCACGCUGGAGGCCACGCCCAGUCACGGAGCCGAGGAGGCCGGCAAGAGGUGGAGCCACUCCCACGCAGACGUGGAGAGCGGUGCGAGGACAAGGGGACACAGCAGGGCCCAGACACGCCCCCGGAGAAGAGCAGAGGAGAGAGUGCGGACCACAGAUCACCGCCAUUACAGGAGCCGACACAAAAAGAGACACAAGAGAUGCAGGAGGAGACAGAGAGGAGGAGACAGCAGCCCGGCAGAGCAGAGCAGAACGCAGACACGGAGGAGUUUUCACAGACGAGGACAGAGUCGCGAAGGGCUGGAUAGCCAAUUUAGAGGCACCACUUCACAGCAAGAGCAGCUAUUAGAGAAGUCAAAGCAAUCACCUGGGAAUCAGGCUGGAAACAAGGACACAUCUCCAGCUGCGGGCGGGGGGGUGGCAUCCUGCAGACGGGACGUGUCAGGCACCGCCAACGACUCGCACCAGCCGGAUUGUGACCAGGUGCUCAGGAACAGCGGGGAAACAGCACAGCACCCUGCCGCAGGGGAGACAGCUAGAACGGGACAUGUCCCUCCUCACACCACUACACACACCCUCACACACACACCCCCUCACACCACCACACACACCCUCACACACACACACUCUCAGCUGUGA